GGAUUCAAAGUGUGGCUGUUGUGUAUUGGACGUUUAAAUCAUAACUGGUCUUUGUUCAUCUGUCAAAUACAUGUAUGCAGACAAUACUACGAAAUUUGGUGAUAGUAUUUAUCAUGGAUAUGAAACUGUUGAUUCUGCGGAUGACUCAGAUGAACCAGUUGAUCCGGAAUAUAUUAACCUCUUAGAAGAACUUGAAGGUAAUGAACACGUGGACGUAGACUUAUACUCUGUUUUGGGUGUUGAGAAAAAUGCAUCCGCGGCUGAUUUACGUGCAGCCUACAAACGUCUAUCAUUGCUCUUCCAUCCGGAUAAACAUUCCACCUCAUCUACUGUGGAUGGAUGUAGAACAAACCUUAAUUUAUUAGAUGCGGAAUGUACAUUCAGUCGAAUAUCUUCAGCAUACGCAAUUUUAAGUGACCCUAAACAACGUGCAAUUUAUGACAAUUUCGGUUAUAAAGGCUUACAGAUGCAAGGUUGGCAAAUAACAACUUGUCAAAAGUCAACACCUGAACUGCGUUUAGAAUAUCUUCUUCUGAAGGAAAAAGCGAAAGCAUCCAAACAACUUCAAAUGACACAGCCGAACUCCGAAUUUUCAUUCGGUUUGGAUUUGACUGACGUCUUUGAUCGUUACUUGAAGGAACCACCAGAGGAUCGUUCCAUUAUUCCUAUCCCAUCAAUUUACGAACUUUCUGUCGCCCAGUCCAUUAAUGCCGGUAUCAGUGUGAACAACUCUGUUAGUUUAGCUGGUCAAGUGACAGCUCAUAAUGGAAUAGGCGUAGGUACAUGCCUAGUGAUUUGGCGGCACCACUGUUCCAGGAAGUCUAUUCUUGGUCCAACCACCAUUGAUACCGAGAUUUCUUACGGUCGUGCUGGACGUGGAUUAAGUACCGGAAUCAGGGCAAAGCGUACAUUUGGUCAACGUUUUGUCGGAAGUUUUGGACUAUCUGUAACCAGUUUGUAUGAGAGAUCUCCAAAAUCAAGCAUAACUCUUAUGCCGAAUAUUACUGCUGGUUUAAAUAUCCAACUAUUAUCACAUGUACAUGCUCAUCUUGAACUGAGAUGUCUCAUGAAUCCAGGCAUAUCAAGUGAUUUAUUAUUCACCUCUUCUGAUGGUGCUUAUAAUGCAAGAAUUUCAAGCAAAUUGAAUGCAUCUGGCUAUGCAAGUCUUUCCUUAUCACUAGAAAAAUCUGUUACAUGGUCUUGGCUCAAUCCACCUCGAGGAUCCGGUGUAUUUGAAAAACAAAAUACUUCUGAAACUAAUUGUGAUUGGGCUGACUCAGAUGAUUUUGAUAUGGAACAACAACAAUCUGACAAAGGCAGUGUAUCCUGUACUAUUGGUGUUAAUACUACAGAUGUUGGUGAAUUCGCUCUUGCUGCCCAAUGUCGGAUAUCCGCUCUGUCCAAAAUCUCUGGCCAGAUUCGCUUAAGUCUUCAAAAAGGUGUAAGUGUGAAACUCAGUCUAUUACGAGGUAGUCAAACUUAUUCCAUCCCUUUGCUUUUAUCUGAACAUCCUGACACAGUUGCGUUUGGCUAUGGAUUGAUCUUCCCUCUUCUUGCAUUUUCUGCUAUUCGCAUGUUAAUCUAUGAACCUUAUCUUUCACGACAAUUAGAACUCGCUCAAAAAUCUCGCAGGGCAAAACUACACGAGGAAUUGACAAGGAAACGAAGAGAGGCGUUGUCUACUCAGGAACUUAUGAAAAAAGCUGCAUCCCGCAGUAAACGAAAUGAAAUAUCUAUUUCAGGUCUAGUUAUUGACCGUGCAAUGUUUGGUUGUUUUUCGUCAAACUCAGAUCCCUCAACUUUAUCCGACGCUGGUGGUCCUCUGGCAUUCGAUGUGACUAUUCCCCUUCAAGCUAUGGUUGAACAAAGUCAUCUACGUUUACCACCCGGUCGAUGGUGUGAUUUUCAAGGAUUUUAUGAUCCUUGCGUCGGUUUAAUAGACAAAUCCCGUCAACUUCAUGUAUUGUAUACCUUCCGCAAUUGUCCCCACGAAGUGACUGUCAAUGAGAAUCAAGGUCUAGCUAUUCCGAUGUCGAAACAUAAAAUUGAGACGGUUUAACCGUAUGUAAAAAAAUACCCUGUAGUUGUCUUUCAAAUUGCUAUUAUCUAUGCUAUCGUGUAAUGACUAUUUAAUGCCUACUAUAGCAACAGGACUGUGCAUUAUUUUUACUAUUAUUUUACAUAUACCCUUAAUUUCAUUUCAUGAGAAUAGAGUUAGGUCCGUACUUUUUAACUCAUUACUUCUAUUUAGCACAAAUCACUUCAUCAUAUAUAUAUAUUUCUGACAUAAUAAAUUUGUAGAUACUUUUUGAUUUCUCUGCUCUUUGUUUACUGUCAUGAAAAUAAAAAAAAAUUAAAAAUCUGCUAACUUGUCAUGUUGAUGUUUCAGUAAGUGUUAGAGCUCACUUUUCGACGUGCAAGAGAUUUGUUUGAAGUAAAACAAAUGCCUCUUAGCUUAGUAUUGUUAUUUACAAGUGAUACGUUUCUGCGUUUUCUUAUCAGACUAUUCGGGGUAAUUGUGUGAAGUUCCAGUGUUCAGAAACAAACCAUCCAAUCUUUCGUAAUCCAUAUCUGUUUAUCAAUUUUCAAAGUUUGCAUUAAAUAUGUAGUCUCAUUCAAUUAAAAUUACCCCUCAAAUAAAAAAAGCAUUUUCAACAA